UGUUGCAUCUCUGCGACCAGUCGACGUGCAGAUAACAAUAAGGUCCAAAUAUGAACUGAACUAUCUCUAAACUAUAUACGUUCCGUAGGCCAGUAACGUCCGCCCACUGACGCCAUCAAGGGUGGAUUGCAUUUAGCGUCUCUUCUUAAAGCUCGGACAGAGAACGAUGGAGGGCUAUUCAGUUCAGAAAAUCAUUGGUGAGGGGUCUUUUGGUCGGGCGUUGUUAGUCCGGUGUAAAGACGCUCGGCAGCAUUAUGUCCUCAAAGAAAUACAGCUCCCCAAGAAUCAUUCCGAAUUGGAGAAAUCAAGGAACGAAGCCGUCCUGCUGUCCAGGAUGAAGCAUCCUAAUAUUGUUGCCUUUAAGGAGGCGUUUGAAGCCGACAGCCUUCUUUGUAUUGUCAUGGAAUACUGCAGUGGGGGUGACCUGCUCCAAAGGAUUCAGCAGCAGAAAACCAGCCUGUUCUCGGUCGAUGACAUCUUGAAAUGGUUCGCUGAAAUGUGUGCAGGAACAAAGCACAUCCACGACCAACGAGUUUUGCACAGAGAUCUCAAGUCCAAGAACAUUUUCCUGACAGAUAAUGGGACAAUCAAGCUCGGUGAUUUUGGCUCAGCGUGUAUUCUCAAUAGCCCAAAGGCUUAUGCUUGUGCAUAUGUUGGGACACCGUAUUAUGUUUCUCCAGAGAUCUGGGACAACAAACCAUACAAUAACAAAAGUGAUGUGUGGUCUCUCGGCUGUGUCCUCUACGAGCUCUGCACCCUGCACCACCCGUUCCAGGCAUUGAGCUGGAAGAGUCUGAUUCUCAAGGUUUGUAGAGGGGCCUACCCCCCUAUACCCGACCACUUGCCCUAUGAGCUGCACUAUUUGGUCAAACAGAUGUUUAAGACCAACCCCAAGGACAGGCCAUCGCUGUACACCAUCCUCACCUCUCACCGGAUAUCCAAACUACUGCGUAGGCAUCUGCCUCCACAGGCAAUAGAGAUGGAGGGGAAGGAGAGGCGACCAGGCAGAUGGAGAAAAGAGGAGGGGGAAAGGGUGGUUUCUUAUCUAGGACAGAAGAGUUUAAUCAAAACAUCGUUUGAAGGAGUGGAGUCAGCUGAGGUCCAGUGUGAGAGCAGAGAACCUGGUCCACGAAAGCAGUGGGCUGCCAACCCCUCGGACACGGUGUUACAGAGGCUGGCCAGUGCAAGUCUGCUAUCAACUGUUAGCGUGUCAUCCGCUGACCAGACACACACAGAGGAUGUCAUUUCGGGAGAGUCGAAGGAAGCGAGGCAGCGGAGACAGUGGGACAAGGGUCCGCCUGAGAGACUCCUGAGUGUGCUGGAAAAGGCCCAGCUCAGCACAGCCUUCAGAACCUACUCAAUACACAGAGAAGGCGACAACCCCCUGAUGGGACCUCUCCCUCGGACACAGGGUGACGACACAGAUGGCCUGGAGGAGCAAGUGGCAAUAGAUGAGGACAGGCUGGAACCACGCUCUGAUGAUGAAGACACGGACUUUGAGGAGGAAGCUCCAUGCAGCUGGUUCGAUGAAGUGGAGAAAAUGUUCUCGGACUGCUGAUGCACAAAUACCGAGGAACCAGUAAAAUCACAGGUCUUCUCAUUUUACAGUUUACAUUCACAACCAAAUAAAAAAACUAUU